CGGGGCCUGGCCUGCGGGGCGGCUCCCCGGCGCGCACGCCCGGAAACAGCAGCUCCAGCGUUCGGAACCCCGAGAAGCUUCGCUGCCGCCGCCCACCGCCGCCCUCGGUCAUGCCGAAGCACGAGUUCUUCGUAGACAUGACUUGUGAAGGCUGCUCCAACGCAGUCGCUCGGGUCCUCAACAAGCUAGGAGGAGUUGAAUUUGAGAUCGAUCUGCCCAACAAGAAGGUUUGCAUCGACUCUGAGCACAACGUGGACACUCUGUUGGAGACGCUGAAGAAAACAGGGAAGACUGUUACCUACAUCGGCCCCAAAUAGUGAGGGCCUGGGUCCCCGGCCCGCAGGAUGGACCAGAGUGGGCAGGAGACAGUGGACUAGCCCAGCGACAUCAAGCCUCGCUCCGACGUCAGCACAUCUGUAUUCAGUCUGUUUCCACCGCUUAAUAAUGACGCCACCUUGGAAAAGUCA